CAGCAGCAGCAGCCGCAGCAGCAGCAGCAGCAGUCGGCCGCUGUCGCGCACGCCCCGCCGCCGCCGCCGCCCGCGCCGGCGCCGGCGGCCGCGUCGCAGUCAGAGAUGGUCAAGGUGGAGAAGGUGGACCUGACUGAGGACGACGACGACGUCAGCCUGGACGCCACGCUCGGCUAUGUGGCCGAGUACGAGGGCAGCUACGGCGAGCCGGACCUCUCCAUGAGCGGACACGACUCGCUGAUGGCCGGAGACGCGGCCGCUGCCAUGGGAGCGCUGGGAGCGGGACCUUCGCAGCGGCUGGGCGAGGACGGCUCCGCACAAGGUUCCCACCGGUGCCCGGUGUGCGGCAGGACCUACCUACGCCACGACACGCUCACGCACCACCUGAAGCAGCACGAGGGCGCCACGCGCUGCAUGCUCUGCGGCAAGACGCUAGGCAACGUGUUCAGCCUGCGCCGGCACAUGCAGUGCGUGCACCGCGUGGCCGUGCAGGACGUACGCUCCAUCGUGCCGACGCGCGUGCGCGGUCCGUACGAGUGGGAGGCGGAGGGGCGGGGCGAGCCGUCCGGCCCCGGCUAGCGUGUGCUGCCGGUUGUCGGGCACGCUGGCGGGUGCAGGCGUCCCGGACGCCGGCGUCCCGGCAGGCGCCUGGCCAGCUCCAAAUGUGUCCGCCGCUGCGACGUCCUCAGAGAUUUGUGUGUGUGUUGGCCGGAAUGGCAUGGGUGGUGGUGUAGUGAUGCCCUGAAGGCCUUUUUCAUCGUGCUAUUGUGAGUGUCCAGACUGGUACUGCUGUCAGAUGUCUUCGGGCAUUUUGAUUAUUUUGCCCUAGCAGCAGCUUUUUUGCGCGACGGACGCUGAAACUGUAACUGAAAUAGUCAUCAUUUUUCCACUGAAUGGUUCCCUGUCUCACUUGUGCAUUGUCAAACCAUUUCGAUGCCUUUGACAUAGGCGAAGUCUCAGAAGGUGCUUUGGACAAGGUGGCCCAGUGGCCGCAUAAAUCUAGUGUUACCAUUUCGUUCUGUAAUCGUCAAAAAUGUGUCAAGUGUUUUCUUGCUGGCUGCACGCUCGACAGCAAUGAAUUUAAUUGAAUUGCACGCAGUCCGUGUGCUUUUCACGCGGCUAGUGUAUUAUGGGCGAUUGCGCUUCAGACAGGUGUGUUUUUUUUUCAGAUUGUGGGCCAAGGUAAUUGGCUGGCGUGUAACAUGCGAUUGCAUUUUGUUGGUCAUGUGAUGUUUAUCGUUAAGAAUUGCGACGCUUCUUCUGCAUGGCGUGUACA